GAGAGAGAACUUGAGAGGAACAAACAACCGUAGCAACCGCGCGGCAACCGCAUGACAGCAUCAGCAACAACUGCAGCGGCAGAAGCAGCAGCAGCAGCAGCAGCAUCGGCAGCCGUUAUGUCUGCGAGUGUUUGAUAGUUAUAAUUAAGAAGUUGGAUGUUGUAAAAUUUCUCUUGUUUGUUUGUCUGCAAACGAUGGUGGUUGUUAUUCCAAUGACCGUAAUAGAAAUGAUAAUAAAGUAAGCAACACAAUGAAUGCCGUCUAUUGUAAUAUCCGCUGGUUUACAGCGAAGCAUUACUCUUCUUUCGUCGCUGUUACACCCCGGCAGCAUCCGUCGAUAAUAACCGAGAAAACAUUGGUAAAAAAAUGAACACUAGCAGCGGGACAACAAACAGAAACAAUCAGCGAAAGCUGACCAAUAACAAUAAUAAUAGUUCAAUAAGAUUUACUAAGGAAGGAUAUUUCUACUAACUACCACGCUUAAUUAAAAGGAUUAUCGCGUUUUGAGAGAAAAUAAAACAUUAAAAAAAAAUGAAGAUCCCUGCUGCUUUAGACCUACAGUGUGGCAAAAAAGGUGACCAAAAACCUUGUGAGGAAAGAAGGGAUGCUUACUAUGAGGAGUCUUUGACCGAACAGAGUACAGCCAAUGCCGGAAUACGGAUAGCUUAUCUUGAUGAGUCUGACCUCUGUCUAAGUGAUUCCGACCAAUCUCAUAAUGACAACGUAUCCAUACCUGAACCAUACAGUGAAGUCAUUCCAGAAGUGACAUCCCCUGAUUACUCAGAAAGCAGUGUUCCAAUUCGAUACUAUAAAACAAAUCCACCAAAAGAUCCUGAAGGAUGGCAGAAUCAGAUAGAUUAUUUCUUCUCAGUGAGUUCAUUGGCGCUAAACAUCAGUUCGAUCCUACACUUUGCAUCAUGUGCUGCUAAAAAUGGUGGAGGAGCAUUCUGUGUUGCCUACCUAGUUCUGAUGAUGAUAUGUGGACUGCCCCUUGCAUAUCUAGAAACUUGUAUAGGCCAAUAUGCUAAAGGAGGUCCGGUUAUUGUUUGGAAGAUCAUGCCGAUUGCUAAAGGUCUUAGCUGGGCAAUGUUAGUGGUUACAAUCCUUAUUGCCAUGUAUUAUAGUGUUAUAAUGUCUUGGAGCCUUUACUAUGCUGGGAUGUCCAUUAUACAACCUUUGCCAUGGAUAUGUAGUAAAACAUAUACAAACAGCAACAAUCCCCUUUGUGAAUCCUCAUUUCUUACGUCACAUUCAUAUCAACAUCACCAAGAACGGAAUCAACAGCAUGUUGGUUUGUUUCUUCAUAUAAAUACAACAAACACAAGCCUUGCAACUGCCCUCUAUAACUUACCUAGUGGCAUCUAUUUUCAGCAGACACUGCUACUCCAGUCAGAAAAAUCUAUCUCUGGAAACUGGCAACUUGUUCUCUGUCUCCUUGCUACUUGGUUACUAGUAUUUUUAAUACUUAUUAAAGGAAUACAGUCAAUGGCUAAGAUGAUGUAUUUGACAGCAAUACUUCCAUAUAUUUUGGUCCUGCCUCUCCUAAUUUGCAUUUGCAUGUUAGAUGGUGCUUUACCCGGUGUAAAAUUUUUUCUUACACCUGGUUGGGACGCAUUACAGAAACUACAGGUGUGGUCUGAUGCAACUAAACAGCUUUUUCUUUCAUUAGCUCUCGGUACAGGGAGUAUUUCAGUAUUAGCUGGUUAUACUCAUUUUCACAGCAACUGUUUUAGGUUUUCACUCCUAGGUUGCACUGUUAACCUUGUUAGUACAGAAAUAUUGGGACUAUUAAUGUUUGCCAUUCAAGGAGUUUUCACAAAAAUUUAUCAACUUCCACUCAAUCGUCUAGAAAUUCCUGCCCUUGACAUAGCAUUCAUUAUAUUUCCUGAGAUCACAUCAUUAAUGCCCUUUCCACCAGUGUGGUCAGCUCUUUUUUAUCUUAUGUUGACCAUCAUCACCUUAAAUAGCAUUGUAAUAUUCACCCAACUAGUUGUAUCAGGACUGGAGAUAAUAUGGCCAAUGCCUGAAAGGAACUGUUACAAGCUGUUCUGGUUGUUUGUCAUAUGUGUAUUAUCUUUCAUUUUUUCCCUCUUCAUACUUUCUCAGGCUGAUAUUUACACUGAUCAAACAAUGGAUGUUUACCUUCCAAGCUGGUCCUUGCCAUUUAUUUGCUUUUUUGAAUGUUUGAUUCUGAUGUGGUUCUAUGGUCCAAAGAAAAUUUUGCGACAUAUCACUGACAUGACUGGUAGCCUUGAUCGCUUUUUUUGGAAAUUAAUGUGGAAAGCAAUUACACCAAUAACAAUACUGGUGCUCAGUAUUUUAGGAAUUGCACUUGCCUGUUCUUCACUUAAAAAGAAAUGGGAUAUCAGACAGACUAUUGGUUGGAUACUUACUUCACUGCCCAUCUUCAUAAUUUCUCUUUACAUAAUUCACAAACUUAUUGUUGAAUUCAGCAAGAAAGAUAACUUACAAAAAUCAGAGCAUUUCAAAAAACUUAUAGAAACACCUCCUGAUUGGGGCCCUGGUCUUCUGUCUGAGGAAGAACUCCAAAAUGAACAAUGCUCUGAAUAUGUAAUUCAAGAAGAAAACAACAGGCGCCCUGCUAAUGCUCUUGCAAUUCUCACAGCUAAUCUUUACUUUCCAGAUAUUGGAAGAAUGGUUACUAUGGAUCAGACCGAUGUACCAGCUGGUGUAUCACCUACUGUUGCCAUUGCUGGAGCAACACAGUCAGGUGGUAGUUAUUUAGCAGAUGCUAUGUCCAUCACUAGCAAUGAAAGCACUAAUGAGUCUAUGACAGCAGAGGAGAACAAGCUGAGAGGAUACUGGAAUCGUCGACUAGAUUUCAUGCUCUCAUGCUUAGGCUAUGUGAUUGGUCUUGGAAACAUCUGGAGGUUUCCUUAUUUGGUACAUAGGAAUGGUGGAGGGGCUUUUUUUAUCCCUUAUGUUAUCAUGUUGAUAUUUUGUGGAAUUCCAUUGGCCUAUAUGGAACUUGCUUAUGGUCAGUAUGGAAGUCUUGGUCCAAUAACAGUUUGGAAAGCAGUACCAUUUUUCAAAGGUUUGUAACUUUUAUAAAGCUAA